CCAUCACUAAUAAACAAUCUGCACGGUUUGAAAACAUUCUAGAAACACGCUUUUAAUGACUGUUAAGCAGUUAAAUUAAGGUUGAAUUCAUUCAAGAAAAACAGUUAAAGUACCAACCAAGUAUAGUUUCUCUUAUAAAGUAGGAACUUUGCCUAAAAUCAAGCCGGUAUUCUUAAACACAUGAAGCACGUGGAUUGUUUAUCCAAGAAAUACAACAAUUUCAUCAAGAGCUUUUAUAAUGGUUGCCGAUAUAUUCAGUGAAUAUUAUAUAUGCAAUUUCAAUGAUAAGGUGGCAGUUGAAGAUCUGCCAGCGGAUGAGACACUGCGUCAAUUGUGGACCCGCCAGAAACUGUGGACAAUAGAUGAUCUCCGGGAGAUCCUUCAACGCUGGCAGGAGCAAGGCAAGCCAGAUUCGAAAGAUGAUCCCACUUCACAACUCAAGGAUUUCCUGCUGCUGAUCUUCGCUUUUGUUCAAAACAAUUUCACUGGGCCCUUUGACAAACUGGAAGAGUACCAACAAAUUUAUAGUGAACUAGAGCUGGAAAACCUCGACGCACUCGAGAAACUGAAGGCCAGUGGCGAGGAACUAAAUCCAAAUGUUAAAUCUGUAGAACUACUACUGAUUGCCAGGGAAAUCCUUGAGGGACUUCUAAAAUGCCAUCCAGAAUCAAAGGUCCUGAUUUGGUGGCGAUUGCGUCUGAUCUGCCUACAUCAGCAUGUCCUGGAUGAUUUGGCGGCCUCCCUGUAUGAGCAGUUUAAAUCAGCAGCUGGACAUCUUCAGGCGCAUUUCAAUCAGUUUGAGAGCAGGGAACUGCAAUCCCUGCUGCUACUGGAGUUGGCCAAUGGCUACCUGCAGUUUCAUCGCUCUGAAAUUGCCUCCCAAAUACUGGAUGAACUGUGCAAGCAUCUCCAGGUGGAGCUUAAAGUUGAGGGUUUACUAGGAGUACGCACCAAAUUCCAGCAGAAGGCCCUGCCACAGCUCUGCCUUAAGGUUGAGCAUCUAAGCGAGCAGCAGUCUCUGCCUCCAGCCGUCCAGACAAAUGAGACGACCAAGUUGCCCAAACUGCUUCUUUUGGAGGAUGACACGCGACUGGAGCGGAUACGCUUUGUGGAGCUGAAGGACAACGAAGUGAUGACACUUCCCAGUGUGCUCCAAACUCUGGUGCUGGCCAAAGUAAAGCAAUUGAAACGCUCAACGCCUAAGGAUCGCCUGGCGGAUGAGCAACUGGAGCCGUAUACACAAACCUUGCUCUACCAGGAACAUGGACCAUUCCAAGUCCGGCAGUCAGCCCUUCUUCUAAACUGCCUUCAGGAGUCGAAUCAAAGAAGGACAGUCGAACGCAGCUGGAAACAAUGCGAGGAGUGUGUCAAGCUGCUUGACACCUCCGAGGAGGAGUUAUCGCUGCGAUCCCGACUCUCCUACGGUUUCGCCGCCCACUUGAGUCCCAAGUGGCAGGUGCAGCUGCAGCUUGUGGACUUGCUGCGAUCCUUGGGUAUGACCAAAACAGCUCUGGACAUCUGUCUUCGCAUACACGCCUGGCAGCAGGUGAUCGAGUGCUACACGAGCCUGGAACUUCGUCACAAGGCAGCGGAGAUCAUCAGGCAGGAGUUGGAAAAGAAGCCAACGGCAUUGCUGUACUGCCUCCUUGGCGAUGCGAUCGAUGAUCCUUCGUUCUACGAGCAGGCUUGGUUGUAUUCCAAAAAGACAAGUGGAAAAGCUCAAGCCUAUUGGGGCAACCACUUCUACAGGAGUGCGGAUUAUGCCCAGGCAAUGGAUCACUUCGAAAUUUCUCUGGAGAUCAACAACUUGCAGGAAGCGAUUCUUUUGCGCUGUGGCUACUGCGCAAUCCAACUGGAACGCUGGGAGCCGGCCGUUAAAUAUUAUUUGGCUUACACCCACCUGGAACCCAAUGGCUUCGAGUCCUGGAACAAUCUAGCCAAGGCCUUGAUUAAAUUGGGUGACAAACAGCGGGCACAUCGUGUUCUUGGUGAGGCCUUGAAGUGCAACUACAGCAACUGGAAGGUUUGGGAGAACUACAUGCUGGUGUCCGUGGAUACUUCCCACUGGGACGACGCCAUGCGGGCUUACCAGCGCAUGGCGGAGCUAAAGCAACACUAUCUCGAUCAGGAAGUGCUCACACGUAUUGUUUACGGAGUUUCCAAGGAGGAUCCCGCCGGCUCAAGUGCUUUGAUCAAGAGACUUAUAAUGCUGCUGGGACAGCAGAGCAUUCAACAUGGUAACGAGCCUCUUGUUUGGGAACUGGCCGCCUUGGUGGCCCAAACGCCACUGAAAAAGGCCGAGAAACUGGUGAAAUCGUAUCGUGCGUACACACCGAAGCAUUUGGGCUGGGAAACCAAGUCGGAGCACGCUUUAAAAGCACUGGAUCUUUGCUUAGAGGUCUGCGAUCUCUCAGUGGCAGCCAUCACAGAGCACAUUCAAGACGAAAGUGAGGUAAUGAUUACUUCUCAACUAAAUUCUGCCCGACUGGCGGGCACAUCUUGUCUGAAUGCUUUGAAGAGGGCCAUAAAUGUGGAUGUGCCGGCAGAACAGACUGCAAAGGUGGAACAGCUGGAAAAGCGCAUCGAAGACCUGACAAAAAUUGUUCAGGAACGAAUGAAUGCGUCUCGAUCUUAGUUAUAAACUUAAAAGGGCCUAUUUGUAUAAGGUUUUAUACUAUUUUGUAAUUGCAUAACAAAUAAAAAGAUUCAUUUUGUAUUGUA